GAUCGAUCUGGCCCAAUCUCACGGCCGAGAUCCUUCGACAAGCUCAGAAACACCGUUGAUUCCUCGAUUACCCUAGAUGACACCAGCAUCAUGGUCCUAGGUACCACUCCAAACAAAUCAACCAUCGCUUCCAGUGCCGACAGCGACGGAUACACAAGGUUGCACAUUACGCCCUUUGACGCCGAGCUGCUCAGCAUCGUCGUCCCAGCCUCCGUCUUACCGCAAGUGCGCAACAUUUCCUACCAUACCAUUCAGACCUACCCAGAGAAGCGAUACGGCUACGUCGAAUUGCCCACCAUGGACGCCGACAAGAUCAAGAAGAAGCUCAACGGCGCCGUCUUGAAGGGAACCAAGGUCCGUGUCGAGACAGCUAAGCCCAAGCCAGUACUACACGCGGCGCCUAUUGAGGAAGAGGAUGGCACCGAGCAGCUCAAGAAGAGAAACAAAGACAAAAAGUCCACGAAGAGGAAACGAGAUGGCGACACAAUCGCGGGCGUCGAGCUCGAGGAUCGCAAAAUCAAGCGAGGCUGGACUGUCUCCAAGGAUGAGAUGAUCAAGGAGAAGCGCGAGAAGUCCAAGGACAAGAGCAAGCGGAGCAAAGACAACGUAGACAAGGAUGAGAAGGCAGCAAGGAAAGAGAAAAAGGAAAAGAAGAAGAUGGAGAAGAGAAAGAUCCAAUCCAAGUUCACCGACGGACCCGAGUGCUUGUUCAAGCAAAAGAUACCCGAGGUACCUAGCUCAGCUGUGGUCAAUGACGAUGGGGAGGCAGAUGGUUUUAAGAAGAAGAAGCGGAAGUAUGAUCGCCAAAUCGUGGUUCAUGAGUUUGAGAACAACACCAAGCACCCGUCCUUCCUCAAAUCCAGCGUUGAUGGCACCAAACCGACGCCUGUCACCUUCGAAGACGGUAAGGGGUGGCUUGACGCAAACGGCGAUGUCGUUGAGCCCGCCAAAGCCAAGAAGGGCCCCCCUGCGCCGAUAGCGCCCCCAAAGAAGAAGAAGGCACCCGAGCCGGCACCAGUGCUGGAUGACGACGAAGAAACCAGCAGCAGCGGAUCAUCCUCUUCAGACGAUGAAUCUGACGAGGCCGAAGAGAGCUCGGAGGAAGAGGUCGCGGAACCACCACCAAGCAAGAAGGCCGUGCUUGACUCUAAAACUCUUAUCAGCCCCCUCGCUGCCGUCAAGACUGCCGAUUCAUCGCGGCCCAGGUCAUCUGGGUCCAACACGAGUCUCACCAUCAAGAUACCGCCAGUUACUCCAGCUCCCGCCAAGGUCCAUCCCCUCGAGGCGCUCUACAAGCGAACGCAGGGUGAUGCGCAAACUCCCAAUGGUAUAGCCAAAGAGUCGAAGCCCUUUAGCUUCUUCAACAAUGAGGAUGACAUGGAGGGUGAUGACGCCUCCGCUGUCGCGCGUCCCAGCCAAGUCCCUCUGACGCCUUAUACCAAGGAGGAUUUCGAGUUCAGAAAUAUCCGCAGCGCCGCGCCAACUCCUGACACGGCACAUCCCAGUCGAUCCUACAAUCUGUGGUCGCAACAGGGGUCUCUGGACGAGGCUCUGGAGGAAGAAGACGAGGAGGAGGCUGAGGAGGCUCAUGAGGAUACGGCUAUGGUUGAGGCCGCUGGCACAGAUGGGUCCAAGCCACAAGACAGCGAGUUUCAGGAUUGGUUCUGGAAGAAUCGUGGGGACCUCAAUCGGUCGUGGAAGAAGCGGAGAAAGACGGCAACGAAGGAGAAGAGGAAUCGUGAGAACCGCGCUCGUGCUGCUCGCGCCAUCUAGACAACUUUGUAAUGUUUUGGAGAUGACUCAACAUCGAUACCCUUUCUAAUCAAUGCAUGCUUGCUUGUUCGUCUUUCACUGGUUCCCUUUCUAACCUUUUUGCAAUCAUGCAUUUACCUCGGCAGGGGACCAAAGGCAACCUUCAGCAAUCGUGUUCACUCAAUGAAGGCCAACCACAUACAUCGUUUUGCUUCAACGGGCAACCUGUGCUGGCUCAUCUUUCCCUGAUCCGCUUUCCGGCCUUCUAUUCUUGAUCAUGAUUUACCUUGACAAGGGCCCCCAAGGCAAUCAUUGUCACUGCAUACGGUCAAAGAAAUACAUCACGAUACAAGUUGGCUUGGGAAUAACGAACAUCGUUGUUCGUGAAGAUUUCAUUCGCAAGCUUUACCUGAAGCCUUAUAGCCUAUGAACCUAUACAUACAACUGAAUUUGUCUGAAACGCC